GCCUAUUCACAUAGAGCUGAUAGGGAUUGCUCCACCUUCCUCCUGCAGUCAGGACUGACAUUCUCUGCUACACCCUCAGCCUUACAGCAACCAGCAUGACUGACAACAUCCCCCUGCAACCUGUCAGGCACAAAAAGAGAAUGGAUGGCAAGCAGAAGGCAGGGUGCUGCGAGUGUUUGAGGUGUUGUGGACGCAGAGAAUUAAAGCCUCGAACAGUCUGGCUUGGUCACCCCGAAAAAAGAGAGCAGAGAUACCCCCGAAAUGUCAUCAACAAUCAGAAAUACAACUUCUUCACAUUCCUUCCCGGGAUCCUCUUUAACCAGUUCAAAUACUUUUUCAAUCUCUACUUCUUGUUGUUGGCCUGUUCUCAAUUUGUACCUGAGAUGCGACUUGGACCUCUAUAUACAUUCUGGGUUCCUUUGGGGUUUGUGGUUGCGGUCACCAUCAUUCGAGAGGCAGUGGAGGAGAUUCGAUGUUUUGUACGUGAUAAGGAAGUCAACUCGCAGAUCUACAGCAAGCUCACAGCCAGAGGUACUGUUAAAAUCAGAAGUUCCAGCAUUCAAGUAGGAGAUCUGAUUAUUGUAGAAAAGAACCAGAGGAUACCAGCUGACAUGAUAUUUUUGAGAACAUCAGAAAAAAAUGGUUCCUGCUUUCUGCGCACGGAUCAGCUGGACGGAGAGACUGACUGGAAGCUGCGUCUGCCUGUAGCCUGUACCCAGAGGCUGCCCACGGCUGCAGACCUGCUUCAGAUCCGAUCCUACGUGUACGCAGAGGAACCAAAUAUAGACAUUCACAAUUUUGCCGGUACUUUCACCCGAGAGGACAGCGACCCCCCCAUAAACGAGAGUUUAAGCAUUGAGAACACACUGUGGGCAAGCACGGUCAUUGCUUCCGGAACCGUUGUUGGCGUAGUUUUAUAUACUGGUCGAGAACAGCGCAGUGUAAUGAACGCCUCAAAUCCAAGGAGCAAGAUCGGACUCUUUGACUUGGAGGUGAACUGUCUGACGAAGAUCCUGUUCAGCGCACUCAUUGUCGUGUCUCUAGUUAUGGUGGCGCUGCAGCACUUCGCAGGUCGAUGGUAUCUGCAGAUUAUCCGAUUCUUGCUCCUCUUCUCUAACAUCAUCCCGAUCAGUUUGCGAGUAAAUUUAGAUAUGGGGAAGAUCGUGUACAGUUGGAUGAUCCGUAGAGAUUCGAAGAUUCCGGGGACGGUGGUUAGAUCAAGCACCAUUCCAGAGCAACUGGGGCGUAUUUCUUAUUUACUGACCGAUAAAACCGGGACUCUGACUCAGAAUGAAAUGGUUUUCAAGCGACUCCACUUGGGCACGGUGGCCUACGGCAUGGACUCGAUGGACGAAGUACAGAGCCAUAUCUUCAGCAUCUACACCCAGCCUUCUCAAGACCCUCCUGCUCAGAAAGGCCUGACCACCAAAGUACGGAAAACUAUGAGCAGCCGGGUGUAUGAGGCCGUGAAGGGCAUCGCUCUGUGCCACAAUGUGACGCCUUCCUAUGAAUCUAAUGGCGUGACUGACCAGGCCGAGGCUGAACGCCAGUUUGAGGAUUCCUGCAGAGUGUAUCAGGCUUCAAGCCCUGAUGAGGUGGCGCUUGUGCAAUGGACGGAGAGUGUUGGUUUGACUCUGGUUGGAAGAGAUCAAUCUUCCAUGCAGCUGAGGACACCUAGUGGCCAAAUUCUAAACUUCACCAUUUUGCAAAUCUUCCCCUUCACAUAUGAAAGCAAACGGAUGGGUAUAAUUGUCAAGGAGGACACUACGGGAGACAUCACGUUCUAUAUGAAAGGGGCCGAUGUGGUAAUGGCAGGAAUUGUGCAAUAUAACGAUUGGCUGGAAGAAGAGUGUGGGAAUAUGGCUCGGGAGGGUCUAAGAGUACUAGUCGUGGCCAAAAAAUCACUCACUGAAGAACAGUACCAGGAUUUUGAGGCUCGAUAUGUCCAGGCAAAGCUCAGUGUUCACGAUCGUUCCCUGAAAGUAGCGACUGUGAUAGAGAGUUUGGAAAUGGAGAUGGAGUUACUGUGUCUUACGGGAGUUGAAGACCAGCUGCAAGCUGAUGUCCGCCCUACCUUGGAAAUGUUAAGGAAUGCUGGCAUGAAGGUUUGGAUGCUAACAGGAGACAAGCUAGAAACUGCCACCUGCACCGCAAAGAAUGCCCAUUUGGUGACCAGAAACCAGGACAUCCAUACAUUCCGAUCUGUAACGAACAGAGGAGAAGCCCACUUGGAAUUAAAUGCAUUUCGGAGGAAGCAUGACUGUGCUCUGGUUAUAUCGGGGGACUCCUUGGAGGUUUGUCUGAAGUACUAUGAGUAUGAAUUCAUGGAGUUAGCGUGUCAGUGUCCCGCCGUGGUGUGCUGCCGCUGCGCUCCGACCCAGAAAGCUCAGAUUGUGCGAUUACUACAGGAACGGACGGGGAAACUCACCUGUGCUGUCGGUGACGGAGGUAACGAUGUGAGCAUGAUCCAAGAAGCUGACUGCGGAGUAGGAGUGGAAGGAAAAGAAGGGAAGCAGGCAUCGCUUGCUGCAGAUUUCUCCGUCACACAGUUUAAACAUUUGGGAAGGUUACUUAUGGUGCAUGGGAGGAACAGCUACAAGCGAUCAUCGGCCCUGAGCCAGUUCGUCAUCCACCGGAGUCUGUGUAUCAGCACAAUGCAGGCUGUGUUUUCCUCAGUAUUUUACUUCGCCUCGGUCCCACUCUACCAAGGGUUCCUUAUCAUCGGCUAUUCCACAAUCUACACGAUGUUCCCCGUGUUUUCUUUGGUUCUGGAUAAAGACGUGAAGUCGGAAGUUGCCAUGUUGUAUCCCGAGCUCUAUAAAGACCUCCUUAAGGGUCGACCUUUGUCAUACAAAACAUUUUUAAUCUGGGUCCUAAUCAGUAUCUACCAAGGAAGCAUCAUCAUGUAUGGAGCCUUGCUGCUGUUUGAGUCAGAAUUCGUCCACAUUGUAGCGAUUUCGUUCACGUCUCUGAUUCUCACAGAGCUGCUCAUGGUGGCGCUGACCAUCCAGACGUGGCAUUGGCUCAUGAUUGUAGCGGAGCUGCUGAGUUUGUCCUGCUACAUCACGUCUCUGGUCUUCUUACAUGAAUUUAUUGAUGUUUACUUUAUAACAACGCUCUCAUUCCUGUGGAAGGUCACGGUAAUCACACUGGUCAGCUGUCUCCCGCUGUAUGUUCUUAAAUACCUGAGAAGGAAGUUCUCUCCUCCAAGUUACUCCAAACUCACCACCUAGAUCCUCUUGCGAGGCGAACUCUUUGGUAAGGAGUUCAGCUUGACACGGAGACUAUGAGAUGCACAAUUAGAUUGUGCAGACACUGAUACGUAAUGCUGCUUUGAUAAAAAGGGAACAUGGGAUUUCAACACUGGAUUUUGGGCACUGGAAGACGAAGACAUUCGGCACUUAACAAUCGUUCCCUAGUGGGUCGAGGAACGCAAAGUGUUUUAAAAAAAGCAGGGUUCAUUUUUGGAUUGUUUUACCUCCACCCAUGAACGUAACCUGGGCUACCUUUAGAUGACUUGUAUCGAUGUACUUAUCAAUGGAUUUCAUGGAUGUAAGAGAACUCAUACAAACAGAAUCUACACUACAUGCUCUUUGGACUCUGGUCGCCUGAGAGUUUAGAACCACAAGGGGAAUAUGUUCUGCGAAAUGCGUUUCAUUUGCCAAAAACAAAGAAUAACAGCGUUAAGGGUUAAAAAAACGAAACAAGCCGGGGUGAUGUCAUUUGACUAAAAGAACAAGCUUUGCUUAUUUGCAAAUUCAGCUGGCCAUAAAUUUCCAUAAACAGAUGCAAAUUACAAAUGGGAUUCUAAUAAUACGGAUCAAUAACCUGCUUGAACAUCGAUGAAAGAUUCAGAUGGGAUCAGAACGCAAAGUCCGAGUUGUCCUGCUGUGGGAUAAGCCCUGCGUGCCCCACGCUCUCAGAACUUGAGUCACUUUAAUUUGGGGGGGGGGGGGGAGGGGGAUUGAAAGAUCAAAUUUUUUUGUUUUGUAUUUUGAUCAUUCCAGGUUUAUGGAGCUUUGAUAAAUUUGUUUUUACUUUCUCCUUUACAAAUUAGUUUAUUCCGUUCAACGCAGAGAGUUUGCAACAAAAAAAAUUAUCUAAAAUUGCAAAAAACCUCUUAGUUUCGGCCUCACUUGUCAUCUUCUUCCUACAUUAAGAGACAAUCUAGCAUCUACAUGAUCCCAGUAACUGGAUAGCCAGCGUGGCACGGCCAGGGCUCAAGAGAUUUUCUAAAAACAAAUGGCGCAGGUACCAUAACUUGCACAGAAACCUGCAUUGUACUGACACUAUAAUCUGGCAAAACCCAUAGUGAGUAAAUAAAGUCACUUAUACUAAAAUUUAUAUUUUGAGGUGAAAAUGAAAACAAAAAAACAGUUAAUUGUUUAUUAUACUCCUGUCUCACAAACCACUCCCCACUCGCAUAGUAGACAGGACUAGUCUUAUUAGAACAUUAAAUAAAAUUCAAUGGAGAUCUAAUUAUUUAGUAUUAAAUAAAUAGUAAAGGCUAAAGUAAAACAUAUUCAAGAGAAAUAAAUGUAAAACAAUUAAUUUAUUUUUAUUUUUAACAUGACCCAAAACACAAUAUGCAGACUUGUUAAGGAGCUAAAAGCAGAGUUUGCAAAAUGAAUAAAUACAUUAAAAUAUGAAAGUGACUUUGUGGCCAGUCCUGAAAUCUCCCUAAAGCUUCUAUCGAAAAGUUACUAAUAUGAAAAUAUAUAUUUAAAUGUCCCAAUAUAUCUGACCCGAUGUGCCAAAAAGAGUAUCCUGGGUUAAUUCUUUAAGUUAUUUACAUACCGUAUAAACAUCUAUACAAUAUUUUAUUUUUGUUGUUCUGUGUGUCCAUUCUCUAUUAUAAACCCAGCUUUAGAUAUUCAUAAUAUUGUCAAGUAACUAAAGAUACCACAGGACACAUUGUGCCAUAGAAACACAAAUCCAAUUUAUUUUAUUGUUACCACUAAUUUAAAACUCAGGGGUUCCUGCAUAACAAGCAAUUAUACAGCGAUUUUGUUCUCAAAGUGGAACUAACUCACUGUGAAGACAAAUGGAAAAUUCCUGUAGAUGAUUCGUUUUUAGAAUUGACUCAGAAUUGCUUGUUCUACAGACCCCCGUCAGCAUCCACAAUAACACACCAUCACCACAACUGAAUUGUGCAGUUUAUUUAUUACAUUUAACCCCAUAAGGACACAUGACAUGUGUGGCAUGUCAUGAUUCCCUUUUAUCCCAGAAGUUUGGACCUUAAGGGGUUAAACCGUGUUUAGUGAAUGAUCCCCUCACUGUGGCCAAACGUUGGUUACCCAGAGAGAAAAUAUAAAUCAAUAAAAAGUUAAAUUUUAUGCAAAAAGUCCCCAUCUACUCCAAGAAGAAAGGUUCGAUGCCUAAUGGACUAUAUAGUCUGUUCGCCUUUUUUCUUUUUUUUAUAUAUAAAGGAAAAUACGCUGGUUUGAAAGCAUCUCUACAUAAUAGAUUUACGUUUCAAUAAAAGAAUCAUUUAGCUUCUGCUUGUACGUUUGUGGGGCAACGCUCUCCCCGAGCUGACCCUCCUAGGAGAGGAAAGAGUCACUAAUUUGGAAAUUACAUGAUAGUCUGUGAAAGGUUCCAAAAAUGAUUCAAAAUUAAUUUUGCUUGUUUAAUAAAAUAAAAAAUUAGAUAUGUAAAUAUAACCAACUAAAACACUUAUUAAGUAACACUAAUAAUAUUUAAGCAACACUAAUAUUUUUUACAAAUAUAGCACUUUAUAUAUUACUAUUUAAUAUUCAAUUUAGUUUAUUGAAGAUUGGGGGAAACGUUAACCUGAUGGUAAAUGGUAGUCGUUUUAUUCCCUUUCCUGCUGUGAGGAGGGGGGCUGCCCAUCAGUCAAUACUGCCAUGGUUAGAUCAAUCAAUUGAUAUUGUUUUAUUAAAAUAAAAUCAUGUAUUAUAGCAUCCAUGGUAUUAUUGUAAUAUAUAAAAGCAAAUACUUAAUUGCAUGGUAUUUGGUCAGAUAAGUGGUGUUUCCAACCAAAGGAUAAAAAAAAAAAAAAAAAAAAAAUUACAAAUAUUUUGAUCUGUAAUAAAACACGCAAAAGGGAAUAUUACUUGUAUCUGUCUCCAGGGACAUUUAAAUGGCCAUACAUUUGUACUGUAGAGGCUAUUGUAACAAACUGGAUAAAGGGAAACAAAUAAAAUACUUUAGUCACUUGGAAGGAAAGGUUAAUAAUUAUGGACAGCGCACUGAGAAAUACCGUAAUAAAGAUUUCAUGAUAUCUAGAACACCCUCUUUCUUUUAACGUGGGGUACCAGUUCUAAACCUCGAAGGUACUCAACCAUCGCCAACUUUAUUUCAAAUAGCACUUCUCAAUUAACAGAAGGAACACGGACAUCCCUGGCUGAAUAUAGUUUACUGACCGAACACGAGGAAGAGGUUUCUAAUUUGGGGAAGUUGGAGCUUUUUCAUUUGCUAAGGAUGCAUAUGAUGUUUACCAUUUUAAGGGUGUCUUAAUAUAUUUUUAUUUUCCAGCUUGUUACUUUAAGGACUUGAAAUAUGUAUAAAAAUGUGUCGUAGUUAAACCAUUAAAAUGUAAUAUAAAUACUGUGAUCAGGGAUUAUAACAUGUGAAUCCUGGAUCCUGGACUGUGGGAAACAGUGAUUAUACAGAAGAUAUUCAAUACCUACUAAUACGCAUGUGGUUUAGAACCAAAAUGUUUGUUGCAUCAUUUGAAGUUACAUAGUUACACAGUUACAUAGUUACAUAGCUGAAAAGAGACUUGCGUCCAUCAAGUUCAGCCUUCCUCACAUUUGUUUUUUGCUGUUGAUCCAAAAAAGGCAAAAACACCCAGUUUGAAGCGCUUCCAAUUUUGCAACAAGCUAGGAAAAAAAUUCCUUCUUGACCCCAGAAUGGCAGUCAGAUUUAUCCUUGGAUCAAGCAGUUAUUACCCUACAUUGAAAGAUUAUAUCCUUGAAUAUUCUGUUUUUGCAAGUAUGCAUCUAGUAGCUGUUUGAACAUCUGUAUGGACUCUGAUAAAACCACUUCUUCAGGCAGAGAUCUCCACAUCCUGAUUGUUCUUACAGUAAAAAAACCUUUCCUUU